AUGCAGAAUACUCGAUUCCUCGUUCGCAGCGCCCAGAGCCAGCUUCAGGCUGCUAGGCCCUUGACCCGGACGUUCGUGUCCAGCCGGCCACGAUGGGCCACCAGCACAGGACCUGCAAUGGACCAAUACAAUAAACGGUCCGACGCACAGAAGCCUCAAUCUGAACAUCCCAAGAACGACGACUCACUCCCGAACUUCGUCGAAGGCAAAGUCGGUCAGCAUGAAGAGUCCAGGGGCGAGGGAAGCCGGGCAGGCUUUGGUAGUGGAGGCAAGAGCCAUGCCACGGGCGAGAGUAUCGUUCCUGAAGCCGUGCAGAAGGUCGCACCAGAGAAGCUCGAAAAGGCGCUGCCUGAGGCCGUGCAUCCAACAAAGGGCAGCGAGAUUGAUCCCCAUCCUCAGCAGAACAUAAGGACCCUUCCUUCUCGAUGUUGGCACGCCGCCAGCACGUCGCCGCGUCGGCGCAACCUUCUCACUCUUGCAAUCGAAACGUCCUGCGAUGACACCUGCGUCUCCAUCCUUUCGACCACAAACAGACACAAUGGUGUGUGGGCAGAUCUGCUCUUCAAUGAGAAGGUGACGGCCAAGAACACGGGGAAAGGUGGCAUCCUUCCCACCGAGUCCCUCGAAAGUCAUCAGUCCAAUCUGUCGACGCUGCUCGAGUCAGCGCUACCAUACCUACCGAACGUAUCAGACACAGUCGGCCCGAGGACGGUAUGGCUGGGAGAUGGCAGUCCCGUGCAAAAACCGGACUUCAUAUCAGUAACGCGCGGACCAGGCAUGUCCGCGAGUCUGGGAGUGGGACUAGCUACGGCGAAGGGGCUGGCGACAGCGUGGCAGAUCCCCAUGGUUGGGGUGCAUCAUAUGCAGGCGCAUGCCCUGACACCAAGGCUCGUCAGUGCUAUGGGCAAAGACGGACACGACCAUCAUGGUCACAGCCCGAAUUUUCCGUUCCUGACACUGUUGGUCAGUGGCGGUCAUACAAUGCUGCUGCACUCCAAAGGGUUGGUGGACCAUGAGAUUCUGGCCACCACUACGGAUACUGCAAUUGGCGACGAACUGGACAAGUGUGGGCGGUUGAUUUUGCCCAAGGAGUUGCAGGCAGAUACGCCAGACACGGCAUUCGGGAAGUACCUGUCUGCAUACGCGUUCAGGACCCCCAGGGAUUUUGCAUCCUGGAGGGUGCCUGCAACGCGUGCUGAAGAGAUUGACAAGCCGGUGAACGAGUUCGGAUGGGGCCUGAGCACACCAAUGGCUCAGAACAGGGAGCUGGCUUUCAGCUUCUCUGGCAUCGCGAGCCAAGUCAAACGUCUGAUUCUCGCGCGCGGCAUCGCAGGAGGUAUGACCGAGAUGGAACGGCUUCUGCUGGCUCGCUCGGCGCUCGGCGCGGCAUUCGAGCAUCUGGGCUCUCGGACGAUGAUUGCGCUGGAGAACCUCCGCGCUGAAGGCAUACAGAUUGACCACCUCGUGGUGAGUGGAGGGGUCGCGGCCAACACUUUCCUACGAUACUACCUGCGAGAGCUGCUCGAUCGACGAUCUUUCGGGAGAACGCAGCUGGUUUUUCCACCGGUCGAAUUUUGCACAGAUAACGCGGCGAUGAUCGCGUGGGCUGGGUCUGAGAUGUUUGAGGCUGGAUAUUCUACGGAGCUUGGAUGUGCGCCUGUACGGAAAUGGAGCAUGGACAGUCACCAGCCAGGAGGAGGCAUUCUCGGCAUUGAGGGAUGGAUUCGGACAGGUACACAAUAA